AUGCAGCCAUGUUCAACAGCGGCUUCGGCAGGUGACCAGACACCACCUCCUGCACCGGCCGCACCAGCAACCACCACGCUGUACCCGCAGAAUCCCAAAGGACCCCUUGCCAUCGACGAUAAUGCAUGGACGCUGCUCUUCAAAGCGAAGCUUGGCGCGCUGUUCCCCGUGCUCAUCCUCUUUAUGCUGACCUUCUGUUUGCUCGCCCUGUCCAGCUGCAUGUUCUUCAAAGCCAAGAAAGCCGAGGGAGAUGAAGCAGAAGAGCUGAAAGCACAGGCAUGUGGACCAGAGGGAUUGGAAGAAGAUCUCUAUGGACUGGCGAUUGCUUCCAUUGUCCGAGACACCCGAUCCUUCUGCAGAGGAUACUCCUCGGCUGGCUUGAUGAUUGCUCGGAUGGGAGUUUCGGUCAUGAUCUUGGUGCUGGUCCUGAUCUUGCAGAUCUACCUCAUGGCGGAGCUGAAG